CCUGGCACCAAUUCAGCAGAAGCAGAAGCAGCAGCAGUCCAAAGCAACGUUAGCUUCUCCUGAUUUGGUAGCUAAUCGAGCUUCUUGUCGUGGAAGAUGGCGUCAAGGGCUGCGAUGAUGCAGGCGCUGCUGCUGGCCGCGUUGGCGGUGGGGAGCGCGCGGGCGCAGCUGCACGAGAAGUUCUACAGCGAGUCGUGCCCCAGCGUGGAGGCCAUCGUCAGGAAGGAGCUGGUGAGCGCGCUCUCGACCACGCCUAACCUCGCCGCCGCGCUCCUCAGGAUGCACUUCCAUGACUGCUUCGUCAGGGGGUGCGACGGGUCGGUUCUGCUGGACUCAGCGAACAAGACGGCGGAGAAGGACGCGGUGCCCAACCAGACGCUGCGCGGAUUCGGCUUCGUCGACAGGGUGAAGGCCGCCGUGGAGAAGGCCUGCCCCGACACCGUCUCCUGCGCCGACGUGCUCGCCAUCUUGGCCAGAGACUCAGUCUGGCUGACCAAGGGCCCAUUCUGGGAAGUUCCUCUCGGGCGGCGAGACGGCAGCGUGUCCAUCUCCAACGAGACCGACCAGCUCCCACCCCCUACCGCCAACUUCACCGUGCUGACGCAGCUCUUCGCCGCCAAGAACCUCGACGCCAAGGACCUCGUCGUCCUCUCGGCCGGCCACACCAUCGGGAUCUCGCAUUGCUUCUCCUUCACCGACCGCCUCUUCAACUUCACCGGCAAGGUCAACCCCACCGACAUCGACCCCACGCUCGACACGGAGUACAUGGCCAAGCUCAGGGGCAAGUGCAGGAGCCUCAACGACAACACCACCGUCGUCGAGAUGGACCCCGGCAGCUUCAAGACCUUCGAUCUCGACUACUUCACCGUCGUGGCCAAGCGGAGGGGACUCUUCCACUCCGACGGCGCGCUGCUCACCAACGACUUCACCCGCGCCUACGUGCAGCGCCACGCUGGUGGUGCCUUCAAGGAGGAGUUCUUCGCCGACUUCGCCGCGUCCAUGGUCAAGAUGGGCAACGCCGACGUGCUCACCGGUAGCCAGGGCGAGAUCAGGAAGAAGUGCUCCGUGCCUAAUCAUUAGUUUACAGAGCAAGUAUGGGCUGGCAAAAGGAUCUUGAUUUGUGACCGUCUUUUUUUCCUGUAGAUUUACUGUAAAGUUUCAGUUUUUUUACUUCCUUACCCAUCUCCCCACUCCCCACCCCAAAUUUUCUGUUUGUUCAAUUGAUUGUUUUGUCACAGUUAUGUAAAGUUUCCACCAAGAACUCUGGAUCAUAUAAUAUAUUUUGUUUUCUUGUUGAAAUA